UGAAAGGUGCGACGGAGAGUGGACUCACCGGAGGACUCUGAUGUUGUGUGUGUGGGACCAUUCGGAGCAUGCAUUUGUCAUCAAGUCAUCGAUCCACACCUCUAGACCAACCAAGUGAAGCUUUCAAGGGAAAAGCCAACGGGGAUUGAUUCUAAUGCUACGGAGGGCGAUGCACGCGCCUCUUGUUCCUUUUAAACUGUCCCAGUUUACAUGACUGCUAAAAAAACAAACAGAAAACACAGCGCUGGAUAUAUUUCCCGCAAAGACAUUUUUUUUUGUUUGCGCGCGGAGUUUUGGAGGGGGGGAGGCAUUUUCCGACUGCGGCGCGCCAACAGCGAGCGACGCCGCUGCGCGUCUGAGCGCAUUCUGUCAGAGACUCGGACUUGACUCCUCAUCAUGGGGCACGGCGCGCACCCCGGGAGACCGGGAGGAAGAGGCGCGAGGUCCUCGCCCCAGAUGCUGACCGUGUCUUGGCUGUUGCUCAUCCUCCUGAUGCAUGUCGGAGUGGCUCAAGUUGAGGAUGAAUUCCUUGGACUCGGUGAUCUGCCGGAAACCUUCCCUUCAGAUCCGCCCGAGCCGCUGCCAGUGUUCUUGAUGGAACCGGAGGAGGCCUAUAUUGUGAAGAACAAGCCGGUCAACCUGUACUGCAAGGCCACGCCUGCCACCCAGAUCUACUUCAAGUGCAACAGCGAGUGGGUUCACCAGAAGGAGCACACUGUGGAGGAGCGGGUUGACGAGAACUCUGGACUGGUAGUGAGAGAGGCCAGCAUCGAGAUCACUCGACAGCAGGUGGAGGAGUUGUUUGGGCCCGAGGACUUCUGGUGUCAGUGUGUUGCCUGGAGCUCUGCAGGGACCACCAAGAGCCGCAAAGCCCACGUCCGCAUCGCUUACCUGAGGAAGACGUUUGACCAGGAACCUCUUGGAAAGGAAGUGUCACUCGAACAGGAAGUGUUGCUCCAAUGUCGCCCACCUGAAGGCAUCCCAGCUGCUGAGGUGGAGUGGUUAAAGAACGAGGAAGUUAUUGAUCCUGCAGAUGACAGAAACUUUUACAUCACCAUCGAUCACAACCUGAUCAUCAAACAGGCCCGCCUCUCUGACACCGCCAACUACACCUGUGUCGCUAAGAACAUUGUGGCCAAGAGACGCAGCACCACCGCCACGGUCAUCGUCUAUGUGAACGGCGGUUGGUCGACAUGGACAGAGUGGUCAGUGUGUAACAGCCGCUGUGGCCGCGGUUACCAGAAACGCACUCGCAGCUGUACCAACCCCGCCCCACUCAACGGCGGCGCCAUCUGCGACGGGCAAGGCAUCCAGAAGCUGCCGUGCAAUCCUCUCUGCCCAGUGGAUGGCCUGUGGACCGAGUGGAGUAAGUGGUCCACCUGUGGGACAGAGUGCACCCACUGGAGAAGGAGAGAAUGCAGCGUUCCAGCACCCAAAAACGGGGGGAAGGACUGUGAGGGCAUGGUGCUCCAGUCCAAGAACUGCACCGAUGGGAUGUGCAUGCAGAGUUCCUUAUAUCAGAAGUCCUCUGAGGCAAAAGACAAGAGUGAUUUUGGAAAUCCAUUGGCCCCCAGUACAGAUGAUGUCGCUCUGUAUGUGGGUAUCGUCAUAGCGGUGAUCAUGUGCCUGGUUAUCUCGGUCGUCGUGGCGCUCUUCAUCUACAGGAAGAACCACCGUGACUUUGAUUCUGACAUCAUUGAUUCCUCCGCCCUCAAUGGAGGUUUCCAGCCAGUCAGCAUCAAGACCGCCCGCAAAGCUGAUCUCCUCACAUCACCCCCCGACCUGACCUCAGCGGCCGCCAUGUACCGUGGUCCCGUGUACGCCCUCCAUGAUGUGGCCGAUAAAAUCCCCAUGACUAAUUCCCCUCUGCUGGACCCUCUUCCCAACCUGAAGAUUAAGGUGUACAACUCCUCUGGCUUAGUGACCCCACAAGAUGACCUGGGAGGGGAAUUUUCCUCUAAACUGUCACCGAAGGUACCGCACUGCCUCCUGGACAACAACGAUUGCACGAUGGGCCGUCGCACACAGACCCAGACGUUGCUCCGCUCUCGCGAUCCGUCCUGCACCGCGCUGGGCUCCAUCAGCUCUCAGGGAGGGCACCUCAUUGUGCCCAACUCAGGCGUGAGUCUGCUUAUUCCAGCAGGGGCCAUUCCUCAGGGCAGAGUGUAUGAGAUGUAUGUGACGGUUCAAAGGAAGGACAACAUGAGGCCCUCGGUGGAAGAUGGCCAAACAGUGCUGAGCCCUGUGGUGAGCUGUGGGCCCCACGGGGCCUUGUUUACUCGGCCCCUCAUCAUCACCAUGCACCACUGUGCCGUGUUUGACGGCCAACAGGACUGGCUGAUCCAACUCAAGAGCCAGUCACAGCAGAACCACUGGGAGGAUGUGGUGGUGGUAGGAGAGGAAAACUUCACCACGCCGUGCUACAUCCAAAUGGAUGAUGAGUCCUGCCACAUCCUGACGGAGACUCUGGGAACCUCCUGCCUCGUGGGCCAAUCUCUCAGCGCUGCAACCACCAAGCGCCUCAAACUAGCCAUCUUCGGCCCUGUCACCUGCCCAGCCAUGGAAUACCACAUCCGAGUCUACUGCCUGGACGACACACAGGACGCGUUCAAGGAAGUCUUACAGAUGGAGAAGCAAAUGGGUGGAAAGUUGUUGGAUGAACCAAAGUCUCUCAACUUUAAAGACAGCACCCACAACCUACGACUUUCCAUUCACGAUGUCCCCCACACGUUGUGGAAAAGCAAACUGCUCGCCAAGUACCAGGAGCUUUCCUUUCAGCAGGUGUGGUGCGGCUCACAGAGAAACCUCCACUGUUGCUUCACCCUGGAGCGCUUCUCUUCCAGCACGGUGGACCUGGCCUGUAAGAUAUGUGUGCGCCAGGUGGAGGGAGAAGGACAGAUCUUUCAGCUGGACACGACACUCUCAGAGGAUUCCCAGAGUAUUGACACGUCUCUGCUGGACCCGGCCAGUAACAUCACCACACUGGUGGGGCCCAAUGCCUUCCGCAUCCCGGUCUCCAUCCGACAAAAGUUGUGUGGCAGUCUGGAUGCACCACAGACCCGGGGCAAUGACUGGAGGAUGUUGGCCCACAAACUUAACCUUGACAGGUAUCUUAACUACUUUGCCACCAAAUCCAGUCCCACGGGAGUGAUCCUCGACUUGUGGGAGGCCCAGCAUUUUCCUGACGGCAACCUCGGCCGUCUGGCCCAGGUGCUGGAGGAGAUGGGACGCCAUGACAGCCUUGUUCCUUUAGCGACUGAACACUGACAUCUGCCCACCAGAGAGUGAGACAUUCCGGGGGAAAGAAGACAUAAAAAGCAUCACCAUGACAAUUGCAGAUGCACCGCUCACAGGUAGUGUGUGUGUGAGUGUGUGCACACUCGGAGAAGUAAGAAAAAAUAAAGUGCGAGGUCUACUCAGCCGUGACCCAGUUAAACAUUGGCAACAAAGGGUGUAAAAACUUGGAGGCUAAACAAGAUUCUCUGUCAUUUCUCUCUGGCUGCUCCUCUCUCUCUCCCCUUCUGGUACAACAACUUGAUAUUUUUGGCCCUUGUUUCCUUGGAAACAGCUGUCCGGUUACUUGGAUAGACUAUGUGGAUGAUGCCCUUGCCAUAGACAACAGUCUAAGAAGUGUGACACUAUCAAAGGUCAAAGAAGCAAAGAAACGCUGCUUGGAUCAAAGGAAACAUAUCUCAUUCUCAACAAAAAAAACAGUCUCCAUAGCAACCCCAUGGAUGAGUAUGUGUCCUGUGAUAACAUAGUAUUUAAUAAUAUGCCUAUUUAUACAUAUCUUUUUUUUAUUUGAUGCUGCCUGUUAGGGAAUACUUUGCAGUGUCCUGGCAUUUCGUUUCCUGUUCCAUCCAGUUUGACUGUAUAAUAGCGCCUCCAGCUGGACUCUUGCAGUAAUGACUCCUUUACGUGUACAGAGGGAAAUCAAUAAUGUAACCAUUUUACAGCUUAAGUCUUGCUGUCGUAACUACUUUUAAUGCGUUCUAUUCAUGUCAUGUAUAAUUAAUGAUUUUCAAUUAUGUGUGCUUUUUUUACGUGAUUAUUUUUUUAGAUCCUUGAAAUAUUUUUGAUAAGUUGCAUUGGUUAUGAUUCUUCUUUUCUUUUCUUUGCAUGUUUAUUAUCAGGUCAUUUGGCUAAUUACAUCAAUUUCUCGCCCCUAAAUAAAUGGUGGCCGAGACAUUAUUACCAUACUGAAUAAAUUCAUGAUUGAUGCUGAUGAUUUGUAUGUUGUUCACGAUGAUACCAUCAACAUCGAAGAGACUAGUCAGAGAGGAGAGGUGGGAACUGUAGAAAGGGAAUCAAAUAAAUAUAUUUUUGUAGGACCAAUGCAACGGAAUAAAACUGCUUUGUACCAAAUAAUUGACAGACAGUGUAUGAGGUCAACCGGAGAGCGGUCAUCUAACUAUAUUGCACGCCAUUUAAAAGUGUCAUUUAUUGUGUUCAGAACCAAAUGACACUCAUCUGUAAUUUUGGAGAACAGACUCAGACUUCUGUGUUUGUGUAUUAAUGACAGAAGCCGUCAGUGUUGUGAUGACACUGAAUGUGUGCGUAAAAAUAUCUUGAUAGUUGUAAACGCAACAUUCCCUUGAUGCAGCCACACUGGAGUGUUUCAAGUGUUCUUGUUUGGCUCUUGGUUUUAUUUUGUUCUUUUAAUGGCAGUUGUCCCAGUUUUCGUAAAGCCGUCUAUGCAAACUUUGCAUCUCUCUGAAACAAUCUUUACAUUCUCAGUGGGCUCGCCUUUUGCAUUCCCUAGUUGUUCUUCAGCUUCACGAUUAUUAUUGUGUAUAGUGAGAAUGUAGCCUGUCUGUUUCUGCCACUCAUGAUGUUCCUCGCAACUGCUUGCAUUUCAUCUGUCAAGUUAUUGUACAAAGUGUAAGAAAGAAUUUUUAAGACUAAUAAUAAAUUAUAUUUAUAUGCAACAUUGAA